CCUCCCCGCCGUCGCGCUCGUGAGGCAUAAAAGGGCGGGAAAUGGUUCGGUAUUUGGUGACACGGCAUGAUUUGCAUCAGUUCAUCGAGUGCUGUAUGAGUGCAGUCGGUGCCAGGAGCUGUCAUGGGGCAGCACUGGCCGAUGUGCUGGUGGAGGGAGAUUAUCGAGGACAUUACAGCCACGGACUCAACAGACUUGAUAUGUACGUGAAGGAUCUGAAAACUGGAAUCUGCGCAAAGGAUGGAGACCCAACAAUUGUAAAGUGCACGGCAGCCACUGCACUGGUGAAUGGCAAUAACCUGAUUGGACCCAUUGUUGGGAACUUCUGCAUGGAACUUGCCAUCAAAAAGGCCAAGCAAGUGGGAAUAGGCUGGGUGUCAGCUUACGGUUCUAACCACUUUGGCAUUGCUGGAUUUUAUUCCAUGCAAGCUCUGAAAUGUGGUCUCAUUGGGAUGUCUUGUACCAACACCUCUCCACUGGUGGUGCCAACCCGAGGAAAGGAGUGUACUCUGGGAACCAAUCCUAUCAGUGUGGCAGCUCCAGCCCUGGAUGGAGAUAGCUUUGUAUUGGAUAUGGCCACAUCAGCAGUGGCUUUGGGAAAGAUAGAAUUUCAACACAGACGUGGAGAGGAGGUUCCGGUAGGAUGGGGCUGUGAUCCUGAUGGCAAGGACACCACUGAUCCAGCAAAAAUUUUGAGUGGAGGGGGUCUGCUGCCUCUGGGAGGAAACGAGGCUACAAGUGGAUACAAAGGCUAUGGAUUGAGUAUGAUGGUGGAGAUAUUUUGUGGAAUUCUAGCGGGAGGUCAUUACAGUAAAAACGUCCGCCGCUGGAAGGAGACAGACUCGGUGGCUGACUUGGGACAGAGUUUCUUUGCCUUGGAUCCAGAAUGUUUCGCUCCAGGUUUCGAGUCGAGGAUGUCAGAUCUGCUCAAACUGCACAGAAACCUGGAACCGAGCGAGCCGGGGCUGGGUGUCCUCGUGCCCGGAGACCCGGAGCAGCAGCACAUGGCCGAGUGUGAUCGUCACGGCGCCAUUCCAUACCAUGUCAACGUGGUGGACCACAUGAACUCGAUGGCGAGGGAGCUGGGGGUUGAGCCGCUGCCGACAACCCGCACUAUUGACCCCUAGUCUGCAGCCGCUGGCACGACCACCUCGCUCUCCCAGAGAGUGGCGGUGGGGCAGGACCAGGUCCACAUCCUCACGUGCUCCUGCCGGUGCCUCGGUGUCCAGCGCAUGUUUCUAGUUAGGUCAUAAGUGAUAGGAGCAGAAUCAGGCCAUUUGGCCCAUCAAGUCUACUCUGCCAUUCAACCAUGGCGGACCUAUCUCCUAACCCCAUUCUCCUGCCUUCUCCCCAUAACCUCUGACACCUGUACUAAUCAAUUAUCUAUCUAUCUCCACGCUUAAAAAUAUUCACUGACUUGGCCUUCACAGCCGACUGGCAAAGAAUCCCACAGAUUCACCACCCUCCGAGUAAAAUUCCUCCUCAUCUUCUUCCUAUAGGAACAUCCUUUAAUUCUUAGGCUGUGACCUCUGGUCGUAGACUCUCCCACUAGUGAAAACAUCCUCUCCCACUCUAUCCAAGCCUUUCACUAUUCUGUAAGUUUCAAUGAGGUCCCCCCUCACUCUUCUAAACUCCAGUGAGUACAGGCACAGUGCCGUCAAACGCUCAUCAUAGGUUAACCUACUCAUUCCUGGGAUCAUUCUUGUAAACCUCCUCGGAAUCCUCUCCAGAUCCAGCACAUCCUUCCUCAGAUAUGGUGCCCAAAAUUGCUUACAAUACUCCAAAUGUGGCCUGACCAGCGCCUUAUAGAGCCUCAGCAUUACAUCCCUGUUUUUGUAUUCUAGACCUCUUAAAAUAAAUGCUGGCAUUACGUUUGACUUCCUUACUAACGAUUCAACUUGCAGAUUCACUUUUUGGGAAUCCUGCCUCAACACUCCCAAGUCUCUUUGCACCUCCGAUUUCUGUAUUUUCUCCCCAUUUUGAAAAAAGUCUACGCCUUGAUUCCUACGACCAAAAUACAUGACUCCACACGUUGUUACACUAUAUUCCACCUGCCACGUCUCUGCCCACUCUCCCAACCUGUCCAACUCCUUCUGCAGAGUCCCUGCUUUCACUACACCACCUGGCCCUCUACCUAUUGUCGUAUCAUCCGCAAACUUGGCCACAAAGUCUUCAAUCCCCUCGUCCAAAUCAUUAAUAUACAACGUGAAGAGCAGCGGCCCCAGCACCGAGCCCCAGAGUUCCGCUAGUCCCUGGAAGCCAACCAGAAACAGACCCCUUUAUUGCCACUGCCGGUGGGGGAGAUA